UGCUUUACGUGCACUCGAAUGCGCACACAUACAAAUCACACUGACUCGUAAUUCAGGUGUGCGCUUAAACGCGUCAGCUUCACCUGCCUGUGAAUUUAUACCGUGGUGCUGCUAUUGUUCCUGCGAUAACUGAUGGUCAAGUAACGUGUUAGCAGCGAGCGCAUAACAACAUAACAAGAUGGGUAUGCGGACGUUCGUCGCUGCUGUUGCGUGUGCGAUGGUAGCGGGGAUGCUCGCCACGUCACCGCCUGCAGUGGAUGUGGCUGUUCCGACACUAAUGUUGAAUGGUGGCAAUGCCACGGCUGGAAACGUGUUGAUACAUCACGAUGGCAAUUGGCGCCACAUAUGCGACGACGAGUGGACGCUUGUAUCUGGAUACGUGGCCUGCAGGCAGCUUGGAUAUGUGUCCGUUAGUCAGGUGACCAUUGGAGCCUUUUUUGGCCAGAGCACGGGCUUCUGGCUGGACGACGUCUCCUGUACGGGAACGGAAUCACGCAUAGAGAACUGCACUCACGGCGAGUGGGGAGUCCACAACUGCGAAAAUAACGAGGCGGCCGGUGUAGUGUGCUCCAACGUCUCCACGCCAUUUGAAAUGCAGUUGAGCGAUGAACGAGGGGUAACGGGAAAAUACUAUGGCAAGGUAGAGAUCAAAUACUUUGGCGAAUGGCGAUACGUGUGCGACGACUUCUGGGAUAUGAACGAUGGACUGGUUGUUUGCAGGGAGCUUGGGUUUGAUGGCGUCUUGGCCGUGACUAACCGCUCUUUAUAUGGGCAACAUGGAAAGUUUUGGAUGGAUAACGUAAACUGCACUGGGACGGAAACAUCACUGGAGCAAUGCGACCAUUCGGGUUGGGGGAAGGAGAACUGCGGUGAAGGCGAGGUGGCAGGCGUUAUCUGUGAUACCGUAAAUGCCUCAAUUGAGGCCGCUAUGCCGGUAACACUGCGAUUGACAGACAACAACGAGACAAGUGGUAAUCUGCAUAUCCUCUACAACGGAGAGUGGCGCUACAUUUGUGACGAUAAUUGGAAUAUCGUUGAUGCAACGAUCGCUUGUCAACAGCUCGGAUUCAAGGCUGCAGCUGAUGCAACGUCAAACUCGCAGUUCGGAGGCUCAGGGCCCUACUGGCUCGACGAGGUUAGAUGCGCGGGCAACGAACUUAGGAUCGAGGACUGCGGCCAUACUAACUGGGGGCAUGACAACUGUAGCCCUGGUGAAGCCGCGGGUGUCGUGUGUGUUAACACUGUCACACCCGGAGGAGAUUACACUGUCCGGCUUGUUAAUGCCAACAGUACAUCGGAAGGAAAUGUAGAGGUGAUUCGCUACGGAGAAUGGCGCUACGUGUGUGAUGAUGACUGGGACAUACGGGACGCGAUAGUCGUUUGUCGGCAGUUGGGAUACCUAACAGCUAAGAACGUGACUGUCAAGUCCCACUAUUCUCCGGGUUCCGUUAGUUUCUGGCUUGACAACGUUGACUGUACGGGAAAUGAGGAAAGCAUUGAACAGUGUACUCAUCGUGGCUGGGGUAUAAAUGACUGCGGAACGACAGAAGUUGCCGGUGUCAUUUGCUCUAACGAAACCGUCGACCUGAACGUCAGACUCAUGACGUCACUCGGCAACGUCAAUAAAUACUUCGGCAUGGGGCAAGUUAUGUACGGGAGAAAAUGGUACUGGAUUUGCGCGGAUGACACGUGGGAUAUGAACGAAGGCGCAGUCAUCUGCCGUCAAGUGGGAUUCAGCGGUGUGCAGAGUGUAGGCGUUAAUACACAGCAUGCGACUGGUCGCCCCGUAUCGAUGUGGGUGAAUAACGUGACCUGCAGAGGAACCGAGAGAAAUAUUGCUGAAUGUGACAUUGACUUCGGAAGAAAAUGCAUGAACAACACGAUAGGAACUGUACAGUGCACAAGCAGGGACGCGGAGCUCGAACCGCCCACUGUGACAAUUCGGCUGGACGGCGGCAACUCCUCACAAGGAAAUGUGCUCGUGUAUCACCACUACGAGUGGGGUUUUGUCUGCGAUGACAUGUGGGACUAUGCCGAUUCUAUGGUAGCCUGCAAACAACUCGGAUUUAGAGCGGCAGCAAAUGCAACGAUAAAGUCCUUGUUCGGUCCGGCGGAAAAUUUCUGGGUUGACGACGUUGAGUGCAACGGUACAGAGACAUCGAUACAAGACUGCGCGCAUGCGGGCUGGGGAAAGGAGAACUGUGGUCCCUCCGAGGCAGCUGGCGUUUCCUGCACUGACACGGUGACUCCUGUCGAAGUGAGGCUUGAGAAUCACCUCGGGCAACAUGACACCCACUACGGAAACGUUCAAGUGUUCUUUGCGAACGAGUGGCGCCACGUGUGCGACAGCGGAUGGGACACCAAUUCCGGACUAGUCAUCUGCAAGCAGCUUGGCUUCACCGGAGUCAACACGAUCACUAAGAAAUCGCACUACGGAAUCGUUUCAAACUUCUGGCUCACGAAUGUCACGUGUUCGGGCACUGAGACACAGAUAGACACCUGUCCACACGCUAUGUGGGGCAAGGUUUCGUGCUCGGCGAGAGAGGCUGCCGGUGUCAUUUGUGCCAAUCCGGACGUUGCCGACGUCGACCCGGAGGGUGACAUCAUGAUCGUUGGCGGCGAUAACAGGACAUUCGGCAACGUGAUGAUCUUUCAUGAGUCGCGCUGGCUGAGCGUCUGCGACGAUCAGUGGGACGAGGCAAGCGGCCUCGUCGCCUGCCGACAACUGGGCUUCCAAAAUCUCAACAGCGUGACGCGAAAUUCACAGCAUGGCCGCGUUUCCGGUUACUGGCUGGACGAUGUCCGCUGCAAGGGCACGGAAACGAUGCUGUCUCAGUGUGCUCACGGUGGAUGGGGCAACAACAACUGCGAUAACGGAGAGGCAGCCGGUGUCGUGUGUGCUGAUACCCCGUCCGUUACGACCCCAUCUGCCGGCGAGAGCGCGCCCACUCUAAGGUUGGCAGGUGGCGCCAGCAGCCACGGAAAUCUGCAGGUGCUGCACGCCGGGGAAUGGCGCUAUAUAUGUGGCGACUCAUGGAGUAUGGCCGCCGGUAAUGUCGCAUGCAGACAGCUGGGUUUCAGCAUCGCGCUCACCGUAGGACUCCCGGAGGCUCAUGACGUAAUUAAUCCUCGCUACUGGAUGGAUCGCGUUCACUGCAGCGGGUCUGAGCUGCGCAUCGAGGACUGUGCUCACAACGGCUGGGGAUCGCGCAACUGCAGCUUGUUCGAGAUGGCGACGGUGCAGUGCUCCGAAGACAGCGGCCCAGCAUCAUCGACGGUUAGGUUGAUAGAGGGUAACGCGACGGCCGGUAACGUUCAGGUGUUGCACAACAACCAAUGGAAAUACGUCUGCGACGACAGCUGGGGAUUCGAAGAUGCGCAGGUCGCCUGCAGGCAAAUGGGCUUCAGGAAUGUUUACAACAUAACGAAAAUGUCGCACUUCGGCGGUAGAAACGAUUAUUGGCUCGACGAUAUGGAAUGUGUUGGAACAGAGUCUCGCCUUGAAGACUGUCGCCACAGUCUCUGGGGAACGGAUGACUGCUCGGAAGCAGAAGUAGCGGGAGCCGUCUGCACCAAUGAAACCAUUAGAAUGGGCGUGAGGAUCAUUUCUGACCUUGGCGACACGACGCGCAACUUCGGCCGGGUUCAGGUGAACCAUCAUAGUAGAUGGGGAUGGGUCUGUGACGACGGUUGGAACGAGGCGGCAGGUCGCGUUGUCUGCCGCCAACUUGGCUACAGUGGCCUCGAACGAGUCUCGACCGGUAACAGCAACAUCACCAGAGGCAUGUCGUACUGGCUUGAGACGCUGCGUUGUAACGGAGGCGAGGCGAUGCUGGAUGAAUGCAUGCAUAGCCCGUUCAGCGCCGAUAGCUGCAGCAGUAGAGGCUUCGCCGGAGUCGUGUGCACAGCAAGCGUGGUCCAUCCUACACCAGGUCCCGGGCAGAGCUUACGGUUGAGCGGAGGCAACGCGUCGGCAGGCAACGUGCAGGUGUACCACAACAACGAGUGGGGUUACAUCUGCGAUGAUGGAUGGGAUCUAGUCGAUGGAUUCGUCGUCUGCAAACAGUUGGGCUUCAGUUUGGCCGUACGCGUGAGCACGGGUGGGGAUUUCGGUCUGGAGCAGAGCUACUGGCUAGAUGACGUCGGCUGCAGUGGAAGCGAGGAGCGACUUACGGAUUGCCCCCAUCCAGACUGGGGAGCGAACAACUGUGACUCCUCCGAAGCCGCCGGAGUCAUAUGCUCAAAUGGCACCGUUGCUGGUGACGUGGCUCCCCUUCGUCUGGUCAACGGGGACACUGAUAACGGAUACGUUCAGGUGUUCUACGAGAAUCAGUGGGGCUACAUCUGCGAUGACCACUGGGACUUGUCCGACGGACGGGUUGCUUGCAAGCAGCUUGGCUUUAGGAACGCGCUAUCCGUCCAAAGUAACUCUGGUUACGGUGAUGUCGAACCUGAUUUCAAAAUCUGGCUAGACGAUUUGCAGUGUUCCGGCUUCGAACAUGGCAUUAGCCGCUGCAACCACUAUGGCUGGGGUACUCACAAUUGUGGCGGCUCGGAAAUAGCAGGCGUUAUUUGUACUAACGCUAACUUGCCGAGCGAUGGAGAUGUACGGCUCGUCGACGGCAGCAGGUCGUCCGGAAGCGUGCAGAUCUACAGUGAAUCCAGGUGGGGCUACAUCUGUGACGAUGAGUGGGACAUCCUCGAUGCAAGAGUGCUGUGCAAGCAGAUUGGAUUCACCGAUGCCGUGCGCGCGUCGGUGCGCUCCGAAUUCACGAGAGAUUUCGGCGGAGACGAAGUGUUUGCACUUGACAACGUGCAGUGCAGCGGCGACGAGUCGCACAUCCACCUGUGUGCACACGCCGGCCGCCAGGAUGAGAACUGUGGCCCCACGGAGAUCGCAGGCGUCGUCUGCACGAACGAAACCACCACGGAGGCAGGCCGCCAUUCCCCAGCUCUGAAAAUUGGCGAUACUCCCACGGUUACUUUACCGACGGAACAUCAUUUAUCGACAUUGACGAAUGCGUAGGCAACUAUAACAAUUGUUCCGUCGAAUCGCAAUGUCUAAAUACGGACGGCAGUUACAAGUGCAUCUGUAAAGAAGGGUUUACGGGCGACGGCCAAACGUGUACGGAUAUAAACGAAUGUAAUAAUCAAAAUGCAUGCAGUAGGUCAACCGAGUGUGUUAACACGGAAGGAAGCUACACCUGCCAAGGAAACACGAUAUAUGGUUCGAGUGGUAGAGUCGUCUCCGAUUCCAGCGGAGUACCGAGUGGAGUAGCAGCGGGAAUUGGAUUCCUAGUCGGUGCCAUUGUCGUCAUAAUUAUCGUCAUUGUUCUGUAUAUCGUGGUACAGAAGAGACGAUCGAAUGUCGCUACGCAUGGUCUGGUACCGAAUAUGUUUGGCCCAGACAUUGAACUGAAGGGCGACGAUGACGUCAUGUGAAACAGUGUAGAAGAAUGCGUCUUUGUAUCGUACCAACGCCGUGGCGUGCGCAUGUAACACAGACGACGCUUCUCUCCAACCAUGAUACGGAUGUGAGCGCCUAUAUGAUUGUGAUAGGUCGUAACGCGUGCAGCGUAAUCAGUGUAUAAAAAUUUCCCAUGCUAAUAUCGAUUAAUUUACAUUUUUUAGCCAGAAUUUGUGUGCAUUUGCAUGUGUACAAAUCGCCCUGUAUCAUUUAAACGGGUAAACAUGAGGGUGACGCUAAUUAAUUCAGUAAAAAUACAUUGCACGCGCCAUCAGAAAUCAACUGGUCGUGUACGGUCAAUUCCCUUUUACACGUGUUUACUUACAUCCUGCAGUAUAACUGAAUUUGGAUUGCACGGCAUAAUGUUAAUCGUUAACAUUAGAUGUUCGUUAUUUAAUUAAUUUGGAAAAAA